AGUCUUCUCUGCUCCAGAGCGCCCCCAACAUGAUUCUGCCCCUCCAGACUCAAUGCACCAAUCAAACAACGGGACACAACAGAGAGAGAAGCCAAGGAGAUGUCCUGCAGGGUGGACUCACCACCAGAAAUAUUGCUAUUAUCUAAAUACCCAAAAGAAGAGCACCUGGGAGGAGGCUGAGCAGGACUGUAUGGAAAUGCCGGGCAGUCACUUAACAAGUGUCCAUUCACAAUCGGCGAUGAGGUGGCUCUGGAAGUUCGCCAACAAGAAGCCAUUUUGGAUCGGCCUGAAGUCAUCAGAGAGACGCCCGCCUUGGUCAUGGGCAAGUGGACAACACUGGAGGCCCAGCAGCUUCAAACCAUCGUAUUCAUUUCUGUCCGGAGCCUCGGAGGAAAGCUGCAUCCUCGUCCGGAGGAGGAAAGAAUGGACGGAGAGAAGCUGCAGCGAGAGACACAGAUACAUUUGCUCCAUGAUGUUAUAA